UUUUGUUUGCUCAAAUAUAAAACGUUUAUUAUUUUCGAUAUCUAUGAAAAAAUAUGUCUUGCAAAACAUUUCACAAAGGCAAAUAUUACGUCGCUUUUAAAAGAGGUUUUGAGGACUGCAAGAAAGACAUUACUGUAACGAUUGACAAAGUUUUUGAGACUGAUAGUUUGAAAAUAUUGUUGUCUGACGAUGAUGAUCCAACGUUCUUGUGUGUGCUCACACUUACGCGUUUUGACUACGAAGAUUUGAAAAAACAACAAGGGCUUCUGAUCGACUUCGAUAAUUUUCCCGCCCAACUUGUGAGACUGCUGCAACAAUGUGCUUCAAACAAUAUGUUUUUAAUAAUGCAACAAUCAAAUCCACUGCAAUAUUACUUAGAAAUAGUAGAACAUAAUGAAUUUAAGAGGCUUGUGCAUUUAUCAUUGAAAACGGGACCUGCCACAGAUGAUGAUAUCAAACAACACAUGGCUGAAACUAUUCUUAAUUUAAAGAAAUCCUUAGCAUCCCUAAAAACGACAACAUCGAGUACUGAAGCAUUAUUGAAUGACAAAUGCAUAAACUUGGAACGUAAGGUAUGUGACCUGACGCUUGCCAUUAGUAAAAUGGAGGAAGACAAACUGAGAAAGGAAGCCGAGAUGCAGGAGGCUCUGAGGAUGGAGAGAGAGAGGUUGACCCAGGAAAGAUUACAAUGGCAAAAGAACUUUGAAAUGAACACCAAGGCACAGUUGGCAACCUCUCAAGACACAAUAAGCAGAAAAGACAAAUAUAUUGAAGAGUUGAACACUAUGUGUAAACAGCUGAGAGAUAGUAUAGGGCAGUUAGAGAACCAGAUAAGUGAAAAAUCACAACGUCUCAUUUUACUAGAAGCUGAAGUUCAGAAGUCACAUAUAGAAGUAGCAACUUUGAAAGCAAAGUAUGCAACUUUAGAUAGAGAAAUCAUGGAGAAAGAUAAACUCUACAGCCAAGCUAACAAGAAAUGCGCGCAGUUGGAGAUGAAUGUCAAAGAAAGUUCUGAGACUAUAAAGGAUUUAAACAAUUCUCUACAAUUAGCUAAAAAAGAAAAAGCUAGUUUGGAAGAGCGCUUGGCAUUCAGUGAAUCUCUCGUGGCGAAGAGCAACGACGCAGCUCAUUCCACAUCUGAACAGCUACUGAAGGCGAACCAGAUCAUAUCAAAGCAGAACACUGAACUCAUUGAAGUUAAAGAAAAGCUUUUAUGUAGAACUGCAAUUGCUCUGGAACAAGAGAAAGUGAUAGAGCGAAACACAAAAGAAAUAGAGGAUCUCAAAUCUGAAGUGGCUGCCACUAAACAAAACAUGGAUAAAUUAACGACUGAGCUGGAAAAUUUGAAAGAAAAAUACGAAAUCAAUGACAAAGCGCUUAAAGAUCGUGAUGAAACUAUAAAAAAUAAUAAUAUGGUAAUCCAAUGGCUACACAAGAAAUUGGAAACCAAUUCGGCACCGACAGACGCUUUACGCAGUAAAAGUUCAACCGAUAACCCUACCACAAGCAGUUCUACACCUUAUUUUCUACCUUGUAGGAGUAAUAUGGUUAAUUCAUCUGAUGAUUCUAUCAACUUUUACGCCACCUCUAAGUUGUCAAAUAUAGAGGAUAGUCCUCAACCACAAUCUCAAGAAAAAAAGACGAAAAUGGGACUUGACCCUAAAUACCUACAACCAGCAAUUGAUGACAACAAAAUUAAAAGUAAAGAUGCUACCAAAAGUAAGACUUCAGAAACCCAAAGCCAAAACGGAAAAGAAAAUAAAAAUAUUGACCUGCCUAAAGUCGAUUACAGAGAGAAGAAAUCUGCCCGAGGUUCAACAUACCGAGCGACACCAGUGUCUGCAUAUUUUCCAUAA